UUGUCUUCGGGAAGUUUUGCUUGAUACUGUGCUCUGUAUGGCAUUGCGCAUGUGCGGUGUGCAGCAGCUUAUGUAUGGGUCUUGGAUCUCUUUUGCAGUUGAAAGAUGCAUGAGUGUCAUGCAGUCCGGGACGCAGAUGAUCAAACUGAGGCGUGGGACCAAAGGGCUGGUCCGGCUCUUCUACCUGGACGAGCACCGGACCCGCCUCCGAUGGCGACCCUCCAGGAAGAGCGAGAAGGCAAAAAUUCUCAUCGACUCCAUUUACAAAGUCACGGAGGGCCGGCAGUCGGACAUCUUCCACCGCCAGGCCGAGGGCAGCUUCGACCCCAGCUGCUGCUUCACCAUCUACCAUGGCAACCACCUGGAGUCCCUGGACCUCAUCACCUCCAACCCCGAGGAGGCGCGCACCUGGAUCACCGGCCUCAAGUACCUGAUGGCCGGAAUCAGCGACGAGGACUCCCUGGCCAAGAGGCAACGGACCCAUGACCAGUGGGUGAAGCAGACCUUCGAGGAGGCUGAUAAGAACGGGGACGGGCUCCUGAACAUCGAGGAGAUCCACCAGCUAAUGCACAAGCUCAACGUCAGCCUGCCCCGCAGGAAGGUCCGGCAGAUGUUCCAGGAAGCCGACACAGACGAGAACCAGGGCACGCUGACGUUUGAAGAGUUCUGUGUGUUUUAUAAGAUGAUGUCCUUGAGACGAGACCUCUACCUGUUACUCCUGAGCUACAGUGACAAAAAAGAUCACCUGACUGUGGACCAGCUGGCUCAGUUUUUGAAGGUGGAGCAAAAGGUGAGCAAUGUGACCGUCGACUACUGUCUUGACAUCAUCAAGAAAUUUGAAGUUUCAGAAGAAAAUAAGGCGAAGAAUGUCCUCGGCAUCGAAGGCUUCACCAACUUCAUGCGCAGCCCUGCCUGUGACGUCUUCAACCCCGGGCACCAGGAGGUGUGCCAGGACAUGGACCAGCCGCUCUGCAACUACUACAUCGCGUCCUCGCACAACACCUACCUGACCGGGGACCAGCUCCUCUCGCAGUCCCGCGUCGACAUGUACGCCCGCGUGCUUCAGGAGGGCUGCCGCUGCCUGGAAGUUGACUGCUGGGACGGGCCGGACGGGGAGCCGGUGGUCCACCACGGCUACACGCUCACGUCCAAGAUCCUCUUCCGGGACGUCGUGGAGACCAUCAAUAAACACGCCUUCGUGAAGAACGAGUUCCCGGUGAUCUUAUCCAUCGAGAACCACUGCAGCAUCCAGCAGCAAAGGAAGAUCGCCCAGUACCUGAAGGGGAUCUUCGGGGACAAGCUGGACCUGUCCGGCGUGGACACGGGGGACGGCCGGCAGCUCCCGAGUCCUCAGAGCCUGAGAGGCAAAGUCCUGGUGAAGGGCAAGAAGUUGCCGUACCACUUGGGGGGUGAUGCGGAGGAAGGCGAGGUGUCGGACGAGGACAGCGCGGACGAGAUCGAAGACGAGUGCAAGUUCAAGCUGCACGGCAACAACGGGACCACGGAGCACCAAGUGGAAUCUUUCAUAAGGAAGAAGCUGGAGUCCCUGUUAAAGGAGUCUCAGAUUCGAGACAAAGAAGACCCUGAUAGCUUCACCGUGAGGGCACUGCUGAAGGCCACACACGAGGGCCUGCACGCCCACCUGGGGCAGAACCCCGACGGGAAGGAAAGCGGGAAGAAAUCCCAGGCACGGGUCCUCAUGGCCAGUUUUGGAAAGCACAAGAAAGCCACCAAGUCUCGGUCUAAGUCGUGCAGCACGGAGGAGGAGGAGGAGGAGGCGCAGCAGAGCGCUGCCCGGGAGGCGGGCCAGCUGUGCAGGUUGGGCCGCCGGAGGAAGACCAUGAAGCUUUGCCGAGAGCUGUCUGACCUGGUCAUCUACACGAAUUCUGUGGCAGCCCAGGACAUCGUGGAUGACGGUACCACAGGCAACGUGCUGUCCUUCAGUGAAACCAGGGCGCACCAGGUGAUCCAGCAGAAGCCUGAGCAGUUCCUGAUCUACAACCAAAAGCAGCUCACCAGGGUUUACCCCUCGGCCUACCGCAUCGACUCCAGCAACUUCAACCCCCUGCCCUACUGGAACGCGGGCUGCCAGCUCGUGGCCCUGAACUACCAGUCCGAAGGGCGGAUGAUGCAGCUCCACCGGGCCAAGUUCAAGGCCAACGGCAACUGUGGCUAUGUGCUGAAGCCGCAGCAGAUGUGCAAAGGUACUUUCAACCCUUUUUCUGGUGAUCCACUUCCUGCUAACCCCAAAAAGCAGCUCAUCCUGAAAGUGAUCAGUGGACAGCAGCUCCCCAAACCUCCAGAUUCUAUGUUUGGGGACCGGGGCGAGAUCAUCGAUCCUUUUGUGGAAGUAGAAAUCAUUGGGUUGCCAGUGGACUGCUGUAAAGACCAAACACGAGUAGUGGAUGACAAUGGAUUUAACCCCGUGUGGGAGGAGACCCUGACGUUCACGGUCCACAUGCCGGAAAUCGCCCUGGUGCGGUUCCUCGUGUGGGAUCACGACCCGAUCGGACGGGACUUUGUGGGGCAGAGGACUGUGACCUUCACCAGCCUAGUGCCUGGCUACCGGCAUGUCUACUUGGAAGGACUCACAGAAGCCUCCAUUUUUGUCCACAUCACGAUCAAUGAAAUCUAUGGGAAGAACAGGCAGCUCCAAGGCCUGAAGGGGUUGUUCAACAAGAACCCCAGGCAUGCUUCUUCAGAAAACAACCCCCACUGUGUGCGCAAGCGAUCCAUUGGAGACAGGAUUCUGCGCCGCACGGCCAGCGCCCCGGCCAAAGGCAGAAAAAAGAGCAAAAUGGGUUCCCAAGAGAUGGUAGAGAUCAAGGAUUCCGUGUCUGAAGCUGCAAGGGAUCCAGAUGGGGUCCUGAGAAGAACGGCCCGGAGUCUGCAGGCCCGCCCGGUCUCCAUGCCCGUGGACCGUGGCCUCCUGGGGGCGCUGGUGCUCCCCACGUCCUCGGCACCUGCAGCCGCAGGGGGAAAGGAGAGUUCUCCAGGUAAGAGGGCGGGAGGGCUCCCGGAGCUGCCCUUCACCCCCUGGGGGUGGUGGUAAAAGGUAGUGCAA